AUGUUGGGUGAUUGCCUCCUGAUUAUUGCGAUCGCGUUCGGAACUGCCCUUGCCGGUGAAGGUAUCACAUGGCUUCUUGUGUAUAGAUCCGAUCACUACAAAAGACUGAAAGCUGAUAUGGACAAGAAGACGAAGAAAUUAGAGAAGAAGAAGCAAGAAGUCGGGGACACCAAUGAUAAAAAUAUCAAAAGAAAGCUUGAGAGAGAAGAAGAACGAUUAAAGGCAACUAACAGAGAUAUGAGCAUGUUCAAGAUGAAAUCAAUGUUCGCGAUUGGACUCGCGUUCACUGCACUCUUGUCUACAUUCAACUCGAUUUUUGAAGGACGUGUUGUCGCCAAACUUCCAUUCUAUCCAAUUGGAUUCAUCCAGGGUCUUUCUCAUAGAAACUUGAUUGGCGAAGACAUGACUGAUUGUUCGUUCAUUUUCCUUUAUAUUCUCUGUACCAUGACCGUUCGUCAAAAUCUCCAAAAAAUCCUUGGAUUCGCACCAUCUCGCGCUAUGGCUCGCCAACAGUCCUCACCAUGGGCUCCACCAAACUCCCAAAUGAACUAUCUCCGUUAAUUUAAGUAAAACUUUCACUUUCAACUCAUGUGAAACCUAUCUCUGAUAAUAAGCACUAUUUAUUUUCUUUCUCUUCCCAAAAUUUUCAAUCAAAAAUCAUAUUUAUUCUGUAAGUUUCAACUUCUGUGUGCUGCUCAAUCAUUCGUUUCUCAAUGAUUUUACUGGAAUGAAAUAUAUUCGUAUGUUGUGAUAAUGAAUACCAAGUU